AUGACUCCAUUUAUACCAUUCGCUGUUAUCUCAUCAUUUUUAAUUCACGCUACUGACGCUAUCCCGAUAAAUCCGUCAUCAACCAAUGAUAAUUCGAAUGAUUUAUUGCGUGGUGGACAUAGCGUCCAAGAAAUCAAUUCUUUUUAUAGUGUAGGAUUGUCCCUUUUACAAUUCGACCUUUUAUGUAUCUUGUAUGUGUUCUUUAGAACGUUUAUGCUUGCAAAUACGAAGAGCAGUAAGGCAAGAACUUUAUCGAUGACGCAUAGGUUGCCCUUUUAUUUGGCAUGCUCAGACCUACUUAUCUACGCUUCCUUAACCACAAAUCUAAUCUACCCGGUUUUUAAUGGCCGGACAUGGUUGGGUACCUCCUGUAAAAUCGUUUCAGCCAGCUUUUACAUUGCAUCCAUUGGUAACAUGAUAUUGGUUUGUGAGCUCUCCAUACUUAGCUGGUUAAGAGUUUGCAAGAAAACGUAUGCACAACUUGGAAAGUUCGAUUAUAGAAUGUUCAUUGCACCUUGUUUAAUUCCAUUUAUAAUUACCAUUCCUGCAUUUAAUUCUUUUGGCUCAGAUGAAUAUUGGUGCUUUAUGGUUCAUGAUGAUAUCGUCUUUCGUGGUGUAUUUUUAUCAAUCUCUUUUACUAUCUUUACGAUAACGACAUUUUGUUAUAUAAGUAUCAUUUAUGAAAUCAAAACUGUGGAAAUUAACAGUGGAAAUCAGCACUUUUACCGUGCAACGCGCAAAAUUAGCGCAUACUUAUCAAUGUAUAUUUUGCAAUGGCACGCCAAGAUGUACGUUUUCUUUGCUUGUGCAGCCUUUAUCCCAAUCGGAGGGAUCCUUAAUGCUGUGCAAUACGUUCUUAACGAGGGAUGUUUUCAUGACGAUAACCGAUCUCAUGCCCUUUCACGUUGGUCACAUCCAACGACACCAAAAUCUGCUAAAGCCAAAUGUAUGCUUGACGAUGAUGUAGAUGACCUUAAGAUGGCUAAGUCUAAAGUUGAAACCAUAGACCUGUCUGAGCUAUGCAAUUUGGAAUCUUGUCAACCGGAAAAUUCUCAACGGAUUUCGAUUUCCUUAAACUAA